UGGCCGAGGCCAGUCCAUCGUGAGCCCUCCUCUCGAUCGAACACGCUUUACUUUCUGCCCGCUCGUUCAAAUCCCCAUGUGCACGCGACACGCUGCUCGUUCAACUCUCCGCUAACCGAGUAACCCUCCGACGUGACGACUGUUUUCCGCGUGGAACUCGGUGAAUACGUGGUAUUAUUGGUCGUAGUACUGAUGUGGUGGCGGCAGUUACCUUGAGCAUCACAGCACACCUUGCACAGUUACCCUCUGCUCCAGUUCCCGUACAGUCGAUGUGCACGCGACACGACACAAACAAGUCGACGAUCGUGUUUUACGAUAAACUGUGUGAUCAACAAUUAGCUGAGAGAUCACAUUUGCAUGUUAAAAAAAGACACAACAAAGAAGACGAGAAAUGAGUGAUAAGUAAAAACAAAAUGAUGGUUUUCGUGAAUGUUAAUCUUUAUAUAGAGAGUAGAAACGUUCACUUAUUGGAGUCCGGAUUGUAUUGUUAAUUGCAAAGCAAUCAGAAACGACGUUUGCAAGAUCUAAUUCCAAAGAACAUCUCGGUCGAUCUAAACUCUAAGAAAACAUGCAUCGACAAGCAACAUGCUGAUUUGACAAUGCGCGCUUUCUCGCAAUGAACAAAGAUUGCCAAUUAAAUAAAACAAAAACUAAAUAGUACCGGACAGCGGAAGCGGUGUAAAAGAAGUUCAUAGAGAGAUAUAUUCUUCGUGCCGCCGCUUUGUUCACGGCAAAGCGUUCCAAGUCGACAAGAAGUGAAUUCAAAAGGACUGACAUGACGGAACAAUAAGACAGCGAGACAAUAAGAACCGGUAGCAGAACUCUUCUUUAGAAGGGUGCUUUUUGAGCGUUGGAAUCUUUCGCGGUUGUUCGGACUAGCGGCAAGUAGCAAUAGAAAAAGAAGAUUAACCACGAAGCAAACGUACACGACGUCUGUCUCGUGAUUGUCGGAUGAUCACCGGUUUUUGCGUGAUCUCGCCAGCGUGAUCUUUGCCGCCAAGGAUCGUUAAGGUCUCAAGCAAGGGUAACUACGAUUAGCCGGUUGAUAAGUUUCCCGGUAUUAAAAUCUCGAAGAUUUAUCGAAGAUCUCUUUCGCAAUGACAAUCGACCGAUAUUCUCGCGUGAAACUGCGAGAGACCAAAUAUGGUGCUUAGUUAAUUUUUUAAUUAAUGUCUAUUUGCUAACGCGCGAGAUUUGCGAGUGAUAUUAAACUCAUUAGAAGAUAACCAAUCCGCUGUCUUUUCUAGAUAAAUAUAUUUAUUGAAUUAGAAAUUCAGUCGGAUUUCUACAAAUCAAGUCAAUUAGACAUCAUAUCUUAUUAAGAUUAAAAUCGAUACGUAGAUCUUUCUUAAGGUCACAUUCCAAUGAUAUCACAAUAAUUUUCAUUUCAAACAGAAAUUUGACAAUUGUUUGAGUGCGUACCUUUGCAAUUGUGUCUGUGACGAUCCGUCGAUUAAAUCGAUGAAUCGUGAAACUUCUGCAAGUCGAAGUUUAAUUAUCACCAAGGGAGGUAACUUCCAGUAUGUGAUACACGACCAAGAUAUACGAUUGAAGAACAUGUACGACAGAUAAACUAGUCCUGCGACAGCUUAGUCACUGUGAAGAAGAACGUCUCUUAAGAAAGAGAUUUGGAAACUGUGAAUACACACAUACAUACGUUACAAGCGGUACAACGCAAAGCGAGAGUGUUCAAACACUUUAGAAAAUCCGAAUGUUGAGUCUGUAAGUUCGGCCAUUUUACAUCUGUUUGGUGCGCCUGCAACUUUUAUGUCGGCAUGAAGUGCUAACAAAAAUUCGAGUGAUAUAGUGAUCACAACAAAGAACUUGUUAUGACAUUGCUCGAGAACAUUGUUGAAUAAAUACGAGGCACAAAGUUUAUAUGUUCAUUCCGACAAACGUAAAAGAUUGCGUAUUCAUCGUGCGGAAACUGCGUAUAUGACAAAUCACUCACGAUUCGAUCUAACAACGAAACGGGGUCGGUUCCGAUUCUGAACGACGAACUUCCGGUGAGUGUUCAUCCGUUCUGUCGUCGUUGCUGAUCGCGGAAGCGUAAAACUUGAUCGCGUGUGCAUCCGCUUAUUCUACAUUCAACAACAACAAGCUGAUUGUAAUGUGAGAGAUGCGUCGCGGUGAUAUCGCGACAAUCGCGAUAGCCCUUCUUAUUCUUGGGCAAAUUCAGGAACCACGACGAACAAGGCUGGUUGGAGCGAUGGUUGUCGGUGCAGCUGUUUGCAGUCGUAUCUCUGGUUUGACACGAAGUCAGCGUGAGUUGUGCAGGAAAGCACCAUACACUAUGCCGGCAGUGGGCGAAGGCGCCGCGCUGGGUUUACGCGAGUGCCGUCAUCAAUUCAGGCAUCACCGCUGGAAUUGUUCCCACGUUCAGGUUCAACUUUCCAACGAUCAGGUCUUCGGCCAUGUGGUAGUGGUAGGUAGUAGGGAAGCAGCUUUUACAUAUGCGAUAAGUUCCGCCGGUGUCACAUACGCGGUAACCGCAGCUUGCAGUCGCGGUAAUAUUACGGCCUGCGGUUGUGAACCUGCUGUAAGGACAAAAAAGGAAUUGCCACCAAACGGUUGGGAAUGGGGAGGAUGCAGCGCGGACAUCACAUACGGAAUGAGGUUUGCGCGUAAGUUUUUGGACGCAAGAGAAUUUGAAGGAGACGCUCGGAGCUUGAUGAAUCUUCACAACAACAGAGCUGGAAGAAAAAUAGUUAAGGCCCUAUUGCAGACAGAAUGUAAAUGUCACGGAGUAUCUGGAUCGUGUACCGUAAGAACAUGUUGGCGAACUUUACCCAGCUUUCGUCAGAUCGGCGACGCAUUAAAGAAAAAAUAUGACAAGGCUCGACCUGUUACAGCAGUCACACCGCCUUCACCACCAACAGCUCAGAUACCGGACAUUCCGUUACAUCCUAUAUCAGCAGAAUUGGAGCCUAUAUUAGGCAACGAUGCCAAAACUCAGGGUAAACCGAACGAUAUGAAAUCACAUUACGAUCGACAGCUUUCGUGGAAAAAGAUCAACAGACCGAGAAAAACACACUUGGUCUUAAAGAAGACGAAAGUUAACGAUGGUAUAAGUCCAAAGAGGAUUCCAAAGAGAAGCGAGUUAGUUUUUCUACAGUCUUCUCCCAAUUACUGCGAACCAAAUUUGUCACAAGGCAGUCUCGGCACACAAGGCAGAUAUUGCAAUCGUACGAGUAAAGGAACCGACGGAUGUGAUUUAAUGUGUUGCGGUCGUGGCUACAACACGCAUCAGUUCAUGAAAACAUGGCAAUGUAAAUGCAAGUUUCAUUGGUGUUGUCGCGUGCAUUGUGAAACCUGUACAGAACGUACCGAAGAAUAUACGUGCAAAUAGAUUAUUAUCGAUACUUAUAUAUACAUAUACACGCGCGCGCGCGUGUGUAUACAUGUAUGAUUACAAAAUAAUCUAUUUGCUGAUGAUACACUCAAAAUAGAAAAAAUUUAUAUCUUUAAACGUGAAAUUCGAUGCAACGAAACAUUUAAAAUAUACAUCAUUAUGAAAACGUGCUUUUGUUGUUACGCAUUGAGGUUCAAUUAAUUCAAUAUUGUUUGGAUAAUUAUUUUAUCCAUAGUAAAUUCGUAGUUUUCCUCAGUAGAAUUCUGAACGUUAUAUACAUAGUUUCACAAAAAGAAACAACUGAAUUGUUACGUGAAACUAUUAUUAUAGUGCUUAGAUGUUAAAUUGUGUCAUUGCAUGCAAGUCAAAAGGGACUUUAUACUCUUCCGUGCGUUACUAUGUGUGUUUUACAGCUACUGUUUACAAUUGAACAAACAUGUAUGUGUACUUAAUACAAAGGUUGUGAAUACGCUUUUUUUUAAGUUUACAUGUAUAUUACACAAUUAAUAUAAUAUUAUGUAUAUUACA